AUCACCUCAUCCCACACCUCACUCCACUGCUUGCGCACACAGCCACCUCGCGCUAGAAUAACAGCAUUAGCCGAAGCACCACCACACACACGGAUAGGGCGCGGGAGCUCGCGGUCCCCACUCCUUGGCCUUCCACGACUCCGCUGACAUAUCAUCGGCUCUCCCUAUACCAUACUACACCACACCACACCACGCCACACUCGGACUGCUCUGUACGGCAGCGGGAGUGAGCGAGUACAUGUUCGGUACGGCAAUGGCAUGACGGCUCUCACAGCCUCGCGACAAAACUCGCCCAGCAUGCCCUCCGCCUCCUCCGAGACUGGCAGCACGAAGCGGGUCUUCAGCAGCGCCAGCAAGCACUCGGCCAACGGAUCCCACACCACCGGCCAGAAGAUCAAGAACUUUUUCCGCCUUCCCAGCAAGACGCAUAAUAGCAAUGCCUCCGACUCGGAAAAGGCGUCUCUAGGUGACGGGCAGCACGAUGGGGCCCGCACACCUCAGUCGACCACGAACAACAAAAGCAGUCUGCGGAGCAGCCGCUUCUUGCCUCAUAUCGGUCGGAGUAGGAGCACAACCGUGGCGAGUGAAGGAAAUCCACUCGAUGACGGGAUGAGUCCCACAGCGCACGCCAAUCCAUACUUCCAACACCAGGGCCCGCCAGCACUGCGCCACCAUGACGAUAACAGCAUUCCGCCCUCCCCUCCUGAUACACCGCAGAUGUCGAGGAAAAUGUCACCGGGAACUGCUCAAAAGGACGCCAAUGGCACAAGCGGGAAAGAGGAGUUGGCAAGGAAGCUACGCAGAGUUGCGAGUGCUCCUAAUGCCCAGGGACUCUUCAGCAAGGGCAAGGGAGGCAGCGGAGACAGCAGGCCAGAGACAGCGGAGGAUUCGGAUACGCCGCUGCCGAAGAUGAACGGCAUCGCCUCUCAUAGCAAUGCCAGUGCUUUGAGCAUGGUAGAGACAGUUCCCUCGAACGGCGACCUACUCCCCGUGCCUGGCAUCAAUGGCGCCAUCACUCCUGGCAAGCUACACAACAGCAUCGCCUUCAGAAGGACCUAUAGUAGUAACAGUAUCAAGGUCCGGACUGUGGAGGUCGGACCCAGCAGCUUUGACAAGAUCAAGCUCAUCGGCAAAGGUGAUGUGGGUAAAGUGUAUCUGGUCAGGGAGAAGAAGAGCGCCAGAUUAUAUGCUAUGAAGGUCCUUUCGAAGAAGGAGAUGAUCAAGCGCAACAAGAUCAAGCGCGCGCUCGCUGAACAGGAAAUCCUGGCAACGAGUAAUCACCCAUUUAUUGUAACAUUGUACCACUCCUUCCAGUCCGAGGAUCAUCUAUACCUUUGCAUGGAGUAUUGCAGCGGAGGAGAGUUCUUCCGAGCCUUGCAAACGCGCCCGAACAAGUGUGUCGAUGAGGACGCGGCACGAUUCUAUGCAGCUGAAGUCACUGCUGCGCUGGAGUACUUGCACCUGAUGGGAUUCAUUUACAGAGAUUUGAAACCUGAGAAUAUCCUUUUGCAUCAAUCUGGGCACAUAAUGCUUAGCGACUUCGAUUUGUCCAAGCAAUCAGAUCCAGGUGGAGGACCAGUUAUGAUCAUGGGCGGUGGCCGAGGCGCCAGUGGCGGCAUCUCCAGUCGCCCGGACCCCAGCAACAUGCCCACGAUCGACACGAAGAGCUGCAUUGCCAAUUUCCGUACAAACUCAUUUGUCGGUACGGAAGAGUACAUUGCACCAGAAGUGAUUAAAGGUUGCGGACAUACGAGUGCAGUGGAUUGGUGGACGCUCGGCAUCCUGAUCUACGAGAUGCUGUUCGGAACAACACCUUUUAAGGGCAAGAACAGGAACGCUACCUUUGCGAAUAUUCUUCGCGAUGAAGUGCCAUUCCCAGAAGGCUCUGGGUCGCAGACUACCUCCAAUCUCUGCAAGUCUUUGAUCCGUAAACUUUUGAUCAAGGAUGAACUACGCCGCCUAGGCUCUCGUGCUGGCGCCUCUGAUGUCAAGGCGCAUCCUUUCUUUCGCACAACUACAUGGGCGUUACUGCGACACUCGAAACCUCCCAUUAUUCCAAAUCAAGGCCGUGGUGUGGAUACUGUCAACUUCAGGAAUGUGAAGGAGUCUCACAGUAUAGACUUGGGUAGUGGACCUGCGGGUCCGAACAAAGGCUUCGGUGUAGCUGCGAGCAAGAUGAAGGGUGUGCCUCUGGAUUCUGGACUCGAAACUCCAGGUGGAGAGAUUGCAGAUCCAUUCGAGGAGUUCAACAGUGUGACCUUGCACCACGAAGGAGACGAAUCGCAUCAUCAGCACGAAGAGUCCAAUGGCCAUCGGUAACCUUGGCGCUCGCAGACCAUGUGCACGCGAACACAUGGACUGGCCGGAACGAGGUCGACCAUCACAAACAUGCUUAUUGAUAGCAUGAUAGCAUUCAUAGAGCUGAGAGAUGGGCGUUUGUGGAGCCAUCGACUCCCGGAUAAUGUAAAUAUUGCAUACGGAUAGGAGUUUGGGCAGGCUGCAUUGGAAUGAAUUGUGGAUGCAAGACUACUGGUCAGGCCCAGCAGCAGGACCGAAAAGUGAGCUGCUCUGAACAGUGCUAUUGAUGAAUGAUGCGAAUGAAAGUAGUCUAUAUCACUUGAUUUUGUUCUGUCU